CCCCGUGCGCCCCCGCCCGAGGGCCCCCUGAGCGCGCGGCGCCCGCGGCGGCGCGAGCUGGGCCCGGCCCGGCGCGGCCCUCGACAGCCGCAAGUUUGGGAGUUGCACGAGUUUGCGGGGUGGGGGAGCGGCCGGGCGGGGGGCCAUGGAGGAGGACCGAGGGUCGGCGCUGGCGGCCGAGUCGGCGCUGGAGAAGAACGUGGCCGAGCUGACCGUCAUGGACGUGUACGACAUCGCGUCGCUCGUGGGCCACGAGUUCGAGCGGGUCAUCGACCAGCACGGCUGCGAGGCCAUCGCGCGCCUCAUGCCCAAGGUCGUGCGUGUGCUGGAGAUCCUGGAGGUGCUGGUCAGCCGCCACCACGUCGCGCCCGAGCUGGAUGAGCUGCGCCUGGAGCUGGACCGUCUGCGCCUGGAGAGGAUGGACCGCAUCGAGAAGGAGCGCAAGCACCAGAAGGAGCUGGAGCUGGUGGAGGAUGUAUGGCGGGGGGAGGCACAGGACCUCCUUUCCCAGAUCGCCCAGCUGCAGGAGGAGAACAAGCAGCUUAUGACCAACCUCUCGCACAAGGAUGCCAGUUUCUCUGAGGAGGAGUUCCAGAAGCAUGAAGGCAUGUCCGAGCGGGAGCGGCAAGUAAUGAAGAAGCUCAAGGAGGUGGUGGACAAGCAGCGCGACGAGAUCCGCGCCAAGGACCGGGAGCUCGGUCUGAAGAAUGAGGAUGUCGAGGCUCUGCAGCAGCAGCAGACUCGGCUGAUGAAGAUCAACCACGACCUCCGGCACCGUGUCACAGUGGUGGAGGCCCAGGGGAAGGCCCUGAUUGAACAGAAGGUAGAACUAGAGGCAGAUCUGCAAACCAAGGAACAGGAGAUGGGCAGCCUGCGGGCAGAGCUUGGGAAGCUGAGAGAGAGGCUGCAGGGCGAACUCAGCCAGAAUGGGGAGGAAGAGCCCCAGACGGAGCCAGGCGGGGAGGAAAGCAUCUCCGAGGCAGAGAAAGUGGCCAUGGAUCUCAAGGACCCCAACCGCCCCCGGUUCACGCUGCAGGAGCUGCGGGACGUACUCCAUGAGAGGAAUGAACUCAAGUCCAAAGUGUUUUUGUUGCAGGAGGAGCUGGCGUACUAUAAGAGUGAAGAAAUAGAAGAGGAAAAUCGAAUACCCCAACCUCCACCAGUCGUCCACCCAAGAAUGUCCCCCCAGCCGGAGUCUGGGAUCAAGCGACUGAUCUUUACAGCCAUAAUGCCCAUGGUAGCAGCUGGACUGAUCAUAGAUGACCCCACACUGCAGCCCAUCCGACGACUUGUUGCCCUUGAAGUGGCAUGUGGCUUUCCCGCUUGAGUCAGGUAGAGGUGAAAUGUCACAGUGAUGUGUGGCAGCUGUAUUUUUGGCCAGCUAAUUGCCCUGAUUUCACCAUGGAAAGGGCUCACAAAUAACCCGGUAUGAACAUUGUGCCUUCAUUUAUCAGUAUACAUAUCUGUUGUAGAGAAAAGAAACUUUCACUGGGAGGGAGAAUUUCUCCAGAUACACGUGGCUUGCCCCAACUUUACAAUGAAAAACCACUUUAUUCCUGGUAGGAGGUGAUCGUAGGAUCCAGUAGCCACAGAAUAGUAAAAUCAUUUUCACCCAGAUGUGAUUAAAAUGGAACUAACUCCAUAGGCCACAGCACUGUAGGGAAAAAAAAAAAAAAGACUAAUAGGUGAACAGCCAGAAGGAAGUAAAAAUAGUUGCUCUGAAGCUUCAGUUUCUCAGCGGUGCAUUUCUAUUCCUGCCCCUGGGAAACAUAACAUAGCUAUUCUCUCUCUUACCAAGUUCAGAAACCAAAAUUCAAGAGUAACAACUCAGUGAGAAUAGAAUGAAUCUCAUUAGAAAGUAGGAGUAUCAAAGGAUAGUGAGGUUAGGAAAGGUUUUUGGAGGAAAUUAAAAGUGGGCCACUUCGAGUUUACUGGCCAGGGUCCUGGCCUUUGGAGCUGGAGCUAAAGCAGACCUUGUUUUAAAUGGGCCAGUUUGGGGGCACCUGGAUGGCUCAGUCCAUUAAAGGUUCGACUCUUGAUUUCAGCCCAGGUCAUGAUCUCAGGGUUGUGGAACUAAGCACGGUGUCGAGCUCUGCACUGGGCGUGGCACUUGAUUAAGAUGCUCUAUCUCCCUCUCCCCCUGCUCCCCUCCAAAAAAAAUUAAUGGGCCAGUUUAGGAGUGCCUAGAUGGUUUAGUCCACAGAGUGUGUGCCCCCCUCCUUUUUUUAAGAAAGGGCACAGGGGUUGGGUGGGGGGCAGAGGGAGAAAGAGAGAGAGAAUUUUAAGCAGGCUCCAUACCCAGCACAGGGCCAAACACAGGCCUCAAUCUGAAGACCCUGAGAUCAUGACCCGAGCUGAAAUCAAGUCAGACACUUAAUUGACUGAGCCGCCCAGACACCCGGAGCAUGUGACUCUUAACCUCAGGUUUGUGAGUUCAAGCCCUACAUUGGGUGUGGAGCCUAUUAAAAAUAAUUUUUUUAAGUUUUUUUCUUUUUUUAAAUGGGCCAGUUUAUAAGCUUUUUGCCUGUGAUUUCUACCUUCAUCCUUCAGGCAUCAGAUGGUUCACUUUGAUCAAUGAUCAGUAGUCACAGCUAUUUUUGGUUUGGGGUUUGUUUUUUUUGAGAGAGAGUGAGUGGGGCGGGAGGGAUAAAAGGAGGUCGGACAGAGGGAGAGGGAGAAACAGAAUCUUAAGCAGGCUCUAUGCUCAGCAGAUCCUGACACAGGGCUCCAUCUCAUGAUCCUGAGAUCAUGACCUGAGCCACCCAGAUGCCCCAGUAAUCACAGAUGUUUUAAAAAGACAUCUUGGUCUAUAUUAGCUGCUGCUAUGUAGCAAGUUCUGGUGCUGACUUCUAAGGGCUUUUGCCCUCAAGUCAAUUUUUGACACUGUAAAUUGGUGUUUUCCCCAAUUUCAUUUGCAUAUAUUUAGUGUUUAUCUAAUGACAGAACCAUGUGUGCUAUUACUUAUUUUUUAAUUGUCUCAUUUUUCUAAAAUACCUACUUUCAGCUCAUCUCUAGCAGUAAUAUCCAUGAAAUCUGGGCUUUGAUGUGCUGCAUAUGUACUUUCCUGAUUCACAUUACAUAACGUAAAUUAAAAACAUCCAUCUCUUUAUGUCAGAAUCAUCUUAAACUCUGUGUGGCUUUCAGUUAUUACCUUCUCUGCAUCAUUAGGGUAGAGAAACUCCAGAUGUGUAUUUCUAGUCGGGUUGUUUUUUUUGUUUUUUUUUUUAAUUCAUGAGAGACACAGGUAGAAAGAGAAGCAGGCUCCCCAAGGAGAGCCUGAUGUAGGACUCGAUCCCAGGACCCUGGGAUCACGCCCUGAGCCAAGGGCAGAUGCUCAACCACUGAGCCACCCAGGUGCCCCUCUAGUUGGUUUUUAUUUCCACUGGUAAUGGGAAGAGACUGUCACCAGUGCUUAACCAAGAGAUGAGAUGCAUCACACAUCACAUAUGUACCUGCCCUGUUCACACUGUAUCACCUCCCAGGUUUGGUGACAAUGACAUGCAGAAUCCCCUGCUGCUUUCUCAAAUAACUUUGACUUGCACCCCCACUUUUUCUUUCAUACCUUGAAUUGAUUUGCUUCCUUCUACAUUUGCUGCUGUCUGUCCUGGCAUUGCAAAAAAAAAAUCUUUAAAGUGCACAGAGGGCUGGCUUUCAU